AAAGACAUUGAACAAUUUAGAUUAGAAUUGAGAUUGAUUGAAGCUCCCGAGCCACUCACAAAAAUAAAAUGAUAUGCAGCAGCUGCGGCAGAAGACAGCUCUCUCUGCCGUUGCCACUGCUUCGGCCGUCAUGGAUUGCAUUACUACCACCAUCUUCUUCCUCAAUCAAAUGCGCACUUUCCAAACAAGGCCUUCGCUUCAUCUCCACCCUCUCUGUCAAUGCCGGAGACCCUUCAGCCUCUGCCAAGUUGAUCGGAAAGUUCGUCGGAAGCUCGUCCAAGUCCAUUGCUCUCAACGCCCUUUCCCACCUCCUCUCCCCCGAUACCACUCAUCCCCACCUCACCUCUCUCGCCCUUCCAUUGUAUUCAAAGAUUAAAGAGGCAUCUUGGUUCGAGCGGAACCCCAAGCUAGUGGCAGCCAUGGCUGCCUUGCUCGAUAAACAAGGAAGACACAGCGAAUCAGAGACCUUAAUCUCCGAAACCAUUGCUGAAUUAGGGAAUAGAGAGCGAGAGCUGGCACUUUUCUAUUGCCAAUUGGUUGAGUCGCAUUCAAAGCAAAAUUCAGGUCAUGGUUUUGAAAGGUCUUACACUUACCUCCAUCACCUGCUUCACAAUUCUUCCUCCGUUUAUGUCAAACGCCGAGCCUUGGAAUCGAUGGUCGGCGGUUUGUGCACAAUGGAUAGGCCAAUUGAAGCAGAAAGUUUGAUAGAGGAGAUGAGGGUUGUGGGACUCAAACCAUCGGUUUUCGAGUUGAGGUCGGUCAUGUAUGGCUAUGGACGUUUAGGCUUGUUAAAAGAAAUGCUCAGGAUUGUUCAACAAAUGGAUAAUGGAGGGCUUGCUAUUGACACCAUUUCCUCAAAUAUGGUUCUUUCAUCGCUUGGAAUCCAUAACGAGCUUUCUGAAAUGGUCUUGUGGCUUAGAAAAAUGAAGACCUUCAACAUUCCUUUCUCGACGAGGACAUAUAACACGGUCUUAAAUUCUUGCCCAACCAUCAUGGAAAUUCUACAAAACUCGGACCAUAUUCCGUUUUCCAUUGAAGAGUUGAAAGGGGUUUUGAAGGGUGAUGAAGCUUUGCUGGUUGAUGAGUUGGUUGGAUCUGGGGUUUUGAAGGAGGUUAUGAAGUGGGAUUCUUUGGAGGCAAAGUUGGAUUUGCAUGGGUUGCAUUUGGGUUCAGCCUACUUGAUAAUGUUGGAAUGGAUGGAGGAGAUGAAAUGCAGGUUCAACAAUGAAAAGCAUGUCCUUCCAGCAGAGGUCACUGUGGUUUGCGGAGUGGGAAAGCAUAGCAACUUUCGAGGAGUAUCGCCGGUGAAAGUUAUGAUUAAAGAGAUGAUGGCUCGGACAAGAAGUCCAAUGAGAAUCGAUAGGAAGAAUGCAGGUUGUUUUAUUGCCAAAGGUAGAGCUGUAAAAGACUGGUUAUGCUGAAUGUUGAUUGAGGAAGGGCAAUGCAGAGUGUCAUCAGCCAUUGCACCUGUCUAAACUUCCACUGUGUUUGAAUUCCAGUUUACUUAUAAUAAGAGGAAUUCAUCAGCUAGCCUUGACAAUCAAUAUGAACUACUUUCACAAGCAACCUACUCGAAGGAAAAAAAGGAAAAAAAACAUUGUGGCUCACUAAAUUGUAUUUCACAAAAUUUAAGGCAUGAAAUUUGAGUCAAGCAUUUGAAUA